GGCGAGUGGAGAUACCAGUAUCCCGCGUGGAAAUACCAACCAGCCCGGAUAAACCCGGUCCGGUGCCGAGCCCGCACCCAAUCUCUGGCGCCACAGAAAUCUCCUCUCCGUCCUUCUUCAAGCCACACAUUCCACACCCCAUCCAACCCAUGCAUCCAUCUUUCCACUGCAGAGACACCAUCAACACCGCCACAAAUAUCAACCAACCAACCACUAACUGAACAAAAUCCAACCCCAAAACUCAAUCCAACCCACAAAGAACACCCCAGCCCACAAAAUGAACAUCUCCCAAAUCUCCACCACCCUUACUCCAACCCCACAAACCCACCCAACAAGCUGCCUCGCCCUCUCCAGCACCCUAACCAGCUACCUGGCACACAUCCUUCCCAACACACCAGACUUCACGCUCUCCAUCGGCAGCGGCUCGGGGCUUUUAGAGGCGUUAAUUACGCACCGCCAUCCGGACGUCGUAGUCGAAGGCGUUGAGGUCUCCGCGGAUGUGAACCGGUACCUGGAGGAGCUGGACCUGCAUGUGGUGCCGGGCACGUGGGAGGUGCAUUCUCGGGCGGCGCGCGCGCGGGCCUGGAUGUUCGUGUAUCCGCGGGAGCCGGCGCUCAUCCGGCGGUAUCUGGAGUGUUUUUCGGGGGUGCGGGUUGUUGUUUGGUUGGGGCCGGUGGUGGAUUGGGGGGAUUAUCGGGGGUGCUUUGGUGAGGGAUGGGAGGUCGAGGUUCCGCUAUCGGAGAAGGUUGGGGUUGCGGGGUUUGAGAUGGUGGUUGUUUUGAGGAAAGAGGGUUGAGGUUCUUUGGGAUAGGAGGGGAUCGAAGGGGUUUGGGAUGAGAGGGGUGGUGCAUGCAGAUGCAUGUGGUUGUGCUGUGCGGAAUGCUGGUUGAACGCGUGAGCUCUAUGCUUGGGAUGCAGGUCGGUGCUGAGGCUGUGCGCUCUGCGUACUGCUUCAUAUGCACAUCCCGGCUGUUGCAGAUGGUCCUCUGCGUUGACCGCUAGUUGCACUAUGUCAGGACUGAUUUUGGGAAGCCGCAUGCCAUGCUGCAACGGGAGCCGAUAACUUGUGGCGGAAUGAUACCAUGACUCAGCUCUUCUCGCCUCGAC